GCAGCUGUUGACGGUGUUUGUCUGAUUCCGGUGGCGAUGGGGCUGGAUGGUCGUCGUUCUGAAAUGAAGCAGAGAUUUUGGGCAGCUGGACGUUGGUUGUGGGGAAAUCCUGGAUUGCACUACCCAGUGUGAGAUGUGGGGACGAUGUGUGAGACUGUCAGGAUUGUUAGAUCUGAGCUGAGAGAUCUAUUGGAAGAAGAGCCCAUAACUGGAAGCAAACCACGACUGAAGACGAGGGAACAGCAACGAGUGAACCAGCCUGAGGAUUGAGAGCAUCAACUGGAGUGAACCCUUCUGACUCUGAGUUUCCAUUGAUUCAGACAGUAGAAAGUCUGGUUAAAAACGACAAAGAAUUUGUCUGCAGGAAUCUCGAAUACAACACGCCAGUUUUGCUGUCUCUGUCCAGAUAUUUAAGAAGUGGAGCAAGGGAUUCACUCGAUCAUCCUUCCUGCUCAGACUGUGGGGAGGGAUUCACUCGGUCAUCUCAACUGAAGGUACAUCAGCAAGUUCACACUGGGCAAGGCCAUUCAUUUGUUCUGUGGAUGAGAAGGGAUUCAGUUGGUCUUCCCACCUGUGGACUCAACAGUCCGUUCACACUGGGCAGAAGCUGGUCAUCUGCUGAAUUUGUGGGGAAGGAUUCACUCGGUCAUCUGACCUACUGGUACUGGUCAGUUCACACUGGCGAGCGGCCAUUCACCUGCUCAGACUGAGAAGGAAUUCACUUGUUCAUCUAAACUGAAGGUACAUCAGCGAGUUCAUACUGGAGGGAGGCCAUUCACCUGCUCAGUCUAUGGGAAGGGAUUCACUAAAUCUCACCUACUGAAACACCAGCGAGUUCACACUGGGUAGAGGCUGUUUACCUGCUCAGACAGUGGGAAGGGCUUCACUCGGUCAUCUGAUCUCCUGGCUCACCAGUCAGUUCACACUGGGGAGAGGCCAUUCACUUGCUCAGUCUGUGGGAAGGGAUUCACUCAGUCAUCCACGAUAAUGGCUCACCAGCAAGUUCACAUCGGGGAGUGGCCAUUCACCUGCUCAGACUGUGGGAAGGGAUUCACUAAAUCAUCCAACCUACAAGCACACCGGUCAGUUCACACUGGGGAGAGGCCAUUCACCUGCUCAGACUGUGGGAAGGGAUUCACUCAGUCAUCCUACCUACUGAGACACCAAUCAGUUCACACUGGGGAGUGGCCAUUCACCUGCUCAGACUGUGGGAAAGGAUUCACUAAAUCAUCCCACCUACUGAGACACCAAUCAGUUCACACUGGGGAGCGGCCAUUCACCUGCUCAGACUGUGGGAAGGGAUUCACUCAGUCAUCCCGCCUACUGAGACACCAAUCAGUUCACACUGGGAAGUGGCCAUUCACCUGCUCAGACUGUGGGAAGGGAUUCACUCAGUCAUCCCACCUACUGAGACACCAAUCAGUUCACAUAGGGGAGAAGCCAUUCACCUGCUCAGUCUGUGGGAAGAGAUUCACUGAAUCAUCCAACCUACAGAGUCACCAACGAGUUCACACUGGAGAGAGGCCGUUCACCUGCUCAGUCUGUGGGAAGGGAUUCGCUCAGUCAUCCACCCUAUUGGCACACCAGUCAGUUCACACUCAGGAGUGGCCAUUCACCUGCUCAGAAUGUGGGAAGGGAUUCACUCGGUCAUCUAAGCUGCAGAUACACCAGCGAGUUCACACUGGGGAGAGGCCGUUCACCUGCUCAGAAUGUGGGAUGGGAUUUAUUUCAUCAUCUUACCUACUGACACACCAGUCAGUUCACACAGGGAAGAAGCCAUUCACCUGCUCAGUCUGUGGGCAGAGAUUCACUCAGUCAUCCCACCUACAGAAACACCAACGAGUUCACACUGGGGAGAAACCGUUCACCUGCUCAGACUGUGGGAAGACAUUCACUCAGUCAUUCCAACUACGGAGUCACCAACGAGUUCACACUGGGGAGAAGCCGUUCAACUGCUCAGUCUGUGGGAAGGGAUUCACUCACUCUUCUGCCCUACAGAGACACCAACAAGUUCACACUGGGGAGAGGCCAUUCACCUGCUCAGAAUGUGGGAAGCGAUUCAGUCGGUCAUCCGAACUACUAGCACACCAGUCAGUUCACACUGAGGAGAAGCCAUUCACUUGCUCAGACUGUGGAAAGGGAUUCACUCGAUCAUAUACCCUACAGAGACACCAGUCAGUUCACACUGGGGAGAGGCCGUUCACCUACUCAGACUUUGAGAAGAGUUUCUCUCAGCCAAAUCAACUGAAUGUGCAUCAUUGAGUUCACUCUGGGGAGAAAAUUUUAAUAAGCUGCAAGCUGGAUAUUUGUUCAUCACCAUUGCUGAAUACAAUUUCGAGAGUGACUGUUAGUGCUGAACUCUGCAAUUAUUGCUGCUGCUCACCACACCCAGUUCUGCACCCUGGUCACUGGGCAUGGGAGGAGUUUCUUCUGCUGCACAUUCACCUUUAAUGGGACUGGAGUUUAAUAUUCUGGAUCUGAGAGAAAUAAAUCAGUUUAUCUUAAA